UCUAUAUAACAUCUGAGAAUCAGACCUGAGAGCACAGUAAGCCUUCCACUCCUAGCUACCCACUACACUCUUGUGAAAGAGGACAGAUUAUAUACUUAAAUAUGCACUACAUAGUCAAAACGGUGGUUUUACUAGCAGUUGCUACUUCUGCUGUACUGGGUCAAUAUGGCUGCUCUCCACUGAUUCCAUCUUGCUUGGAGAAGAAUUGGCGUCUCGGCCUGGACAGUGUCCGUCCCAGUGGUACCAUCGUCCACGGACACGCCAACACGCCAGUCUCACAGGGAGGACUGCAGGGGUCUGCACACGGGUCACACGUGUUCGGUGGACCUUACAACGGUGCGUCAACUGUCGGGGGUGGUGUCAACUACCAGCACCCUAGCGGCCUCCAGGGCGGCCUGGACGUCACUCACUCCAGAGGACAAGGGAACGUCGUCACAGGCAGUGUGGGUGGCAGCACCAAGCUCGGCCCCGGCACCCUGUCUAUCCAUGGGGCAGCCAACACCAUCCCUCACUCCAGCAAGGUGCAAGGCGGUGUGGGAGCCACCUACUCUGUACCCCUGCCUUGAGCUUGUUACCAUUUUAAUAUUUAACCUGAUAUUUGGGUUUGAAACUCUUAUGUAUAGUUGCAAUCCAUAUUGGAUUAAACA